GAUAAGAGCCACAACCAAUCCUUUCAGAAAAUGAACACCCAGGCAAGGAAGACUCGAAAGGGACGAGUGAGGAAGACAUAGUCACAAAUCAAUCUGAAAUCUUUGUAUGUUCCUCAUCAGCUACAUUUCCCUUUCUCCUUUCAAUUUCAAUCUCUUCUUUUUCUUCGCUCACUUCCUAUGAAGCUUCUGGUUCGGCGGAAAAUUAGGGCAUAAGAACCAGUUUAUCCAAUCGAAAUUAUGGCGCUGCUCAUAAAUUCAGCACCUCCAUUGACAAAUCCGCCCUCAGUUCUACCUAAGAAGCAGUGCUAUUUCUUCACUGAAAGGCUGAGAUUCUACUAUUCCUUCCUGCACAAGAAGAUGUUUUUUUCUAGAGUGUUAGCGGUUGCAAACACACCCUGUGUGGGUAAUGAGCUGAGAGACUUGCCCGUUAAAGACUGUGUCCUUGAUCUGCUUAACUGGCGGGCACCCGAAAAUGGCCCAAGAAUAAUAGAACUUAAGCUAGAGGAAGCAGUUCUAGAUCUAGAGUAUAUGCUAGGGAAGGGAUAUCAGCCAACUGUAAGACAAGUGAUCAACCUGGUCCAAGAUCUUUGCCGCUACGAUAUGCCAGGGAAAGCUAGCAAAGUUAUGGAAAUGGCAGCUAGGUUUCGGUUACCGUGUUACACUGUCUCGGUGAGAUACUUGUGCAAUAAGGGAAAUUUUGGUCAUGCCCUUCAUUUAGUUGAGAGGCUUGAGGAAUAUGGGUACAGAACGAGCACGAAGACGUAUAAUUGCAUUAUAAGAGGGUUUUGCGAGCACGAAAGUUUGAGUUUGAGCCUACAGUUUUUCGCUAGUCUCGUGAAAAGAGGAAUGGUGCCUGAUGCUGAUACUCAUUCAAUCCUGCUUGAAGCGGUUUGUUGGGAGAAGGGGGUUGAUGAGGCUAUGGUGCUUUCGGAAAACAUCAUUGGUAAGGGCGGGAAGCUUAACCGUUUUUGUUACCAUGUGUUGUUGAAUGGGCUGCGCAAGGAAGGGAGAGUUGAUGAAGCUAUUCGAUUCUUGAGAGAAUUGCCAUCUAAAGGGUGUAAGCCCAAUGAUUUCAGCUACAAUAUCUUAUUGAGGAAGCUGUGUGUUGAAGGACGCUGGGGAGUAGCGAAUGAGCUUCUUGCUGAUAUGGGUGGGCAAAAUUGUCCACCCACCUUGGGGACCUGCAAUAUUUUUAUCACUUCGCUUGUGUUUCGUGGCCGAACAAAAGACGCCCUUAGUAUCUUGGAUGAAAUGCAUUCAGCCCAAGGGAUCAAGCCAACUGCUGCAAGUUACAACCCAAUAAUCGCACGCCUAUGCAAAGAAAAAAAGGCGAAAGAUGUGAUCAAGUGUCUCAAACAGAUGAUCUUAAAGCAGUGUGUUCUCAACAGUGGAACGUAUACCCCCUUUGCCGACCUCUGUGAGCAGGGGAUGUUGCAAGAGGCUCUUCAAAUUCUAGAGAGUUUGAGGGCCAAACAGCUGCGCCCCUUUGAUGAGUUUUACAAUAACGUGAUUGCCAGUUUCUGUAUGGGGAAUAAGUCCUACGCGGCUUUUCUACUCAUGUAUGAUUUGACAAUGUCUGGGUUCACUCCCGACUCAUCCACCUACUCAUCCCUCAUCAAAGGGUUGUGCUUGGAGAGAAUGCCACACGCUGCGAUUGAGAUCAUUAGGAUUCUACACGAAAACAGUUACAGACCAGAUGUUCAUGUCUUCAAUGCUCUUGUGUAUGGGUUGUGCAAAUCUCGGAGAACAGAUUUGUCAUUGGGAGUUUAUGAGGAGAUGAUUAUGAAAGGGUAUAUGCCGAACGAGUAUACGUAUGAAACCAUAGUCAAGGGACUCGUCCGCGAAAAACAAAAAGAGUUGGCAUCUUCACUUUUGAAAGAGUUGCAUAAGCUAAAGGUCGAGCUCAAUUACUAUGAACGUAGCCACCAAUGGUGUGGAUAUCCUACCACUUACUAUGAACGUAGCCACUUCCAGGAUCACUGUGGUUAACAGGAAUUGCAGCAUUAUAUUAUGAAUUGCACCACAGCAGUGUAAUGCCAACAAUCAGAAAACCUUAAUUGACACAGUGUGAUGGCAUUAUUGUGGUAGAGGUCAACACCGGCGACCUACGGUUGCACUCUGGUAGGCCCAAAGUAGCGGACGAUAGCACUUCGGUGACCCCACAGCAGCAGUAGGCGGCGCUCCGAAGACUCCACGGUGGAAGACGACGGUACUGUGGCGUUGAAUGGAAGCACUCUGGUGACCCACAACGGCGGCCGGCGAUGGUAGAUGUCAGUGUGGGAAGGUGUGGCGACGGCAAAUGACAAUGUGAGAGUUUCUUUUUUAUAAGAAAUAUUUGCACUAAAUAGCACUAAAACUUAAUUCAUUUUCCUAAAUAGCACUUAAAUUAUUUUAUUUCCUAAAUAGCACUUAAUAAUGUCCAGAAAGAGAAACAAUGACCUGUGAUGACGAACAUUUACUUGAAUAAUGACUAAAAGUCCUG